AGAGGAGGAGGAGGAGGAGGGAGAGGAGAGGGAGAGGUUGUGUCAGGUGGAAACGAGGACCUCUAUGGAUAUCAUCAUCGUCCUCCGCCGGCUCGCAGCCUCAGCACCGACCUCCACACCUCCCGGCCGGAGGGUUCCCGCUGCAGCCCCAGAAGGAGGACCCUUUAUCCCCACAUUAUUACUUCACACCCCGCAGCCCGCUUUUGUUAUCACCCAGAUAAACGUGUAGAAACACGGACUUAAUCAAGAGAGGACCACGCUGCUGGAGCAAGUCUCCUCCAUUGAUAACUGCUCUGCUCAUCGAUCCAAACCGGCUGCGUCUCAAAGGAGGAUACAUCCGAAAAGGGAUCUGGGUUUUGGACCCUGAAGGGCGUCGGGCGCGAUGGCUAAUGCCUCCCCAGACCUGGACAACGCGGAAGCCCAGCGCCAACUCAACAACAACAACCGACCCGUUAGCUCCGGGUUCUGGGAGACAGAGUGCACGAGCUCCAAGCUGUUCGAGUGUUCCCGGAUCAAGGCUCUGGCAGAUGAAAGAGAUGCAGUUCAGAAGAAAACGUUCACAAAGUGGGUCAACUCCCACCUGGCCAGAGUGUCCUGUCGCAUCUCCGACCUCUACAACGACCUGAGGGAUGGAUACAUGCUCACCAGGCUGCUGGAAGUGCUCAGUGGAGAGCUCCUGCCGAGGCCCACGCGGGGACGCAUGCGCAUCCACAGCCUGGAAAACGUCGACAAAGCCCUGCAGUUCCUUAAAGAGCAGCGGGUUCACCUGGAAAAUGUGGGUUCUCACGACAUCGUGGACGGAAACCACCGCCUCACACUGGGCCUCAUCUGGACUAUUAUUCUACGCUUCCAGAUCCAGGUGAUCAAAAUAAACACAGCAGACAACAGAGAAACUCGCUCUGCCAAGGAUGCUCUGCUGCUCUGGUGCCAGAUGAAGACUGCAGGGUACCCUGAGGUCAACAUUCAGAACUUCACCACCUGCUGGAGAGAUGGCCUUGCCUUCAACGCCCUCAUACACAGACACAGACCUGACCUAAUAGAGUUCCACAAGCUGACUCGGUCCAACGCAACCCACAACCUCCAGCAAGCCUUUAAUGUCGCCGAACAGCACCUGGGUCUCACCAAACUCCUGGACCCCGAGGAUGUGAACACAGAGAACCCAGACGAAAAGUCCAUCAUCACAUAUGUGGUCGCUUAUUACCACUAUUUCUCCAAGAUGAAGGCUCUUAUUGUGGAGGGGAAGAGAGUCGGGAAGGUGUUGGAUAACUGUAUAGAGGCAGAGAAGAUAAUCAACCGUUACGAGGCCCUGGCGUCAGACCUGCUGGAGUGGAUCGAGAAGACCAUCGCGGUCAUCAGCAACCAGAAGUUUGCAAACUCUCUGACCGGAGUCCAGCAGCAGCUGCAGGCGUUCACAACCUACUGCACUAUAGAGAAGCCCAUCAAGUUUCAGGAGAAAGGGAACCUUGAAGUCCUUCUUUUUACCAUCCAAAGCAAACUCAGAGCUAAUAACCAGAAACCUUACGUGCCUCACGAUGGGAAGCUCAUCUCAGACAUCAACAAGGCCUGGGAGCGGUUGGAGAAGGCGGAGCACGAAAGAGGCGUGGCUUUGCGGAAAGAGCUGAUUCGUCAGGAGAAGUUGGAGCUGUUGGCUCAGCGCUUCGACCACAAAACAACCAUGAGGCAAGCCUGGCUCAACGAGAACCAGAGACUCGUGUCGCAGGAUAAUUUUGGCUACGACCUUCCAGCGGUCGAGGCGGCGAUGAAGAAACAUGAAGCCAUCGAGGCGGACAUCGCCUCGUAUGAAGAGAGAAUCGGUGUGAUCGUGGAACUCGCCGUGGAGAUGGAAAAAGAGGGCUACUACGACAUCCGGCGCAUCUCGGCACGCAAGGAGAACAUCCUGGGUCAGUGGAGCCUCCUGAAGGAGCUGGUGGCGGGCAGGAGGACACGCCUGGAGAAGAACCUGGCCUUGCAGAAGACUUUUCAGGACAUGGUGUACAUGAUCGACUGGAUGGAGGACACGCAGGUCCAGCUGCUUUCAAAGGACUUCGGGAAGCACCUUCUGGAGGUGGACGACCUGCUGCAGAAGCACAGCUUACAGGAAGCUGACAUCACCAUUCAGGCUGAGAGAGUCGAGACGCUCAAUUCUGCUGCUCUUAAAUUCACCACAAUAGAAGGUUACCAACCCUGCGACCCACAGGUGAUCUGUAACCGUGUGAACCACGUCUCUUCCUGUCUGGAGGAGCUGAAGCAGCUGGCAGCUAAAAGACGAGCCGAGCUUGAAGAGUCCCGAAAACUGUGGGCGUUUUUUCAGGAGCUGGAAGAGUCGGAGGCCUGGAUUCGGGAGAAAAGCUCCAUCCUGGCCUCUCAGGGUUUUGGCAAAGACCUGAGCAGCGUUCUGAGGUUACUUCAGAAACACAAAACUCUGGCCGGGGAGCUGCUGGCUCACAGGUCCCUGCUGCAGAACAUCAUAAAGUGCGGGAAGCAGAUUCUGAGUGAAAAGAGCUUUGGUACUGUGGGGAUCCAGGAGCACAUCAUGGAGGUGAAAGGCGAGUGGAAGAAGCUGGAGGACCAGGCGGCGCAGCACCUCAGCUACCUGCAGGAGUCCCUCAACUUCUUCCAGUUCUCCACGGAGACGGACGACGUGGCAGCCUGGCUGCAGGACACCUACCGCCUGGUCUCCAGCGAGGACUUCGGUCAUGACGAGUACUCCACCCAGUCGCUGCUGAAGAAACACCGAGGCGUCACCGAGGCCAUCGACAAACACCGCUUCCAUGUGGUGGCGCUGCGCAAACACGUGGUGGCGCUGCCUCUGAGAUACCGCGAGCAGGAGGACGUCCAGGUUCGCAUGGGAGAGGUGGAGCAGCUGUACACGGAGGUGGCUGAGGUGGCGGUGCUGAGGCAGCAGUGGCUUCACGACGCGCUCGCAGUCUACCGCAUGUUCAGCGAGGUCAACGCCUGCGAGUUGUGGAUCGACGAGAAGGAGCAGUGGCUCCACAAGAUGGAGAUCCCCGAAAGGCUGGAGGACGUGGAGGUGGUGGCACACAGGUUUGAGAGUCUGGACCAGGAGAUGAACAGCCUGAUGGGACGGAUCCUGGAUGUCAAUCAGAUAGUUCAGCAGCUCCUGGAUGGAGGUCAUCCGUCUUCUACAGAGGUCCGAGGUUGCCAGGACCACCUCAACUCCAGGUGGAACAGCAUCGUGGAGCUCGUGGAGCAGAAGAAGGACCAGCUGGACUCGAUGCUGCGCCUGCAGAACUACCUGCUGGAGUGCCAGGAGAUCAAGUCCCAGAUACAGGAGAAGAGGAAAGCCAUAGACGCCACGCAGUACGUGGGCAGCGACCUGGGAGGAGUCCUGGCCCUGCAGAGGCGCCUCUCCACCAUGGAGGGGGCCCUGUCAGUCCUGGAGCCCAAACUGCUGCACCUGCAGGAGGAAGCAGAGCAUCUGGCAACCGUUCACUCAGGUCGAACCAUGGAGGUUCUUGUUCCGUUUGAUGACAUCAGCGUGGAGUGGGAGGAGCUUAAACGGACCCUGCAGGGAUGUGAGGACUCUUUACUGGUGGCCAGCCGACUGCAGAGCUUCAUACAGGACCUGGACUCGUUCCUCACCUGGUUGGUCCAGACUCAGACGGCUGCUGCUUCCGACCAGCUGCCCAACAACCUGGAAGAAGCGGAGAAGCUCAUCAACAAGCACGCUGCUCUGAAGGAGGAGAUAGGACGGUACGAGGAGGACUACGAGCGCCUGCAGGCCAUGAACGAGCUGCUGGAGUCCGAGGACGCUCCUCUGCCUCAGGCCGCCCUGCAGCAGUGGCUCCAGAAGCUCGACGUCGGCUGGAACAAACUCCUCGAGAUGUGGGAGAGCCGGAGGGAAGUUCUGGUCCAGGCUCACAUUUUUCACUUGUUCCUGCGAGACGUGAAACAGGCGGAGUCCUUCCUCAACAACCAGGAGUCGGCCCUCGCUCACGUGGAGCUCCCUACCACUGUGGAGACUGUCGAAGUCUCCAUAAAGAAACACAAAGAGUUCACCACCACCAUGGAGCUGAACCUGCACAGGAUCAAAGCAGUGAUCGAGGCAGGAGAAAGUCUGAUCAGCCAAAGCAACAUCUACUCGGAUCGCAUCAGGGAACACAUCGACACGCUCGCCAACAGGGGAAACCAGAACAGACAGCUGGCUCAGCAGUGGCUGCAAAAACUGAACGAUCAGUGGGAACUUCAGAGAUUUCUCCAAGAUUGUCAUGAGCUGGGGGACUGGGUGUACGAGAAGAUGCUGAUGGCGAGGGACAGCAGCCGAGACGAGACCCAGAAGCUCCAUAAGAAAUGGCAGAAGCACCAGGCCUUCAUGGCCGAGCUGGCCCAGAAUAAGGAAUGGCUGGAUAAAAUAGAAAAGGAGGGUCAGCAGCUGAUCAAGGAGAAGCCAGAACUGAGCCCGGUGGUCCGGAAGAAGCUGGAGGAGAUCAGAGAAUGCUGGCACGAUCUGGAGAGCACCACUCAGGCCAAAGCCCGCCAGCUUUUCGAGGCCAACAAGGCCGACCUGCUGGUUCAGAGUUAUGAAAGCCUGGACCAAAGACUGGGCCAGCUGGAGGGUCAGCUGGCCUACGUGGACCAGGGACAAGACCUCACCACUGUCAACAAACAGCUCAAGAAACUACAAACCAUGGAAGUCCAGAUGGAGGAGUGGUAUCAGGAGGUGGGGCAGCUCCAGGUGCAGGCGGCGUCCGUCCCGCAGCAGACGCAGGUCAAGGAGACGGUCGCCGAGCGGCAGGUCGCCGUGGAGACCAGGAUGGCUCGUUUGAUCGAGCCACUAAAAGAGAGGCGGCGCAUCCUUCUGGCAUCUAAAGAAGUUCAUCAAGUCGGGCGAGACCUGGAGGACGAGAUUCUGUGGAUUCAGGAGCGUCUCCCUCUGGCCAUGUCUCAGGAGCAUGGCUCCACGCUGCAGGCCGUCCAGCAGCUGAUGAAGAAGAACCAGACUCUUCAGCGGGAGCUGGAGGGCCACAGGAGCAGAGUGGAGGACGUCCUGGAGAGGGCGGGCAUCAUCGCCUCUAUACGCAGCCCAGAGGCCGACUGCGUCAGGGCCGGCCACGACCAGCUGGCUCAGCUGUGGGACCUGCUGUGGGCCGAGACGGAGCGCAGGCAGCUGGUGCUGGAUGCCAUGUACCAGGCCCAGCAGUACUACUUCGACACGGCCGAGGUGGAGGCCUGGCUGAGCGAGCAGGAGCUGCACAUGAUGAACGAGGAGAAGGGAAAGGACGAGCCGAGCACGCUGCAGCUGCUGAAGAAGCAUCUGCUGCUGGAGCAGACCAUCGAGGACUAUGCUGAGACCGUCGGCCUGCUGUCCCAGCAGUGUCGACAGCUGCUGGAGAUGGGGCAUCCAGACAGCGAACAGAUCAGCAAGCGUCAGUCGCAGAUCGACCGUCUCUACGUGUCUCUGAAGGACCUGGUGGAGGAGAGGAAGAGUCGCCUGGAGCAGCAGUACUGGCUGUAUCAGCUGAACAGGGAGGUGGACGAGCUGGAGCAGUGGAUCGCUCAGAGGGAAGUGGUCGCCAGCUCUCCUGAACUGGGUCAAGACUUCGAGCACGUCACUGUCCUGCAGGAGAAGUUCACAGAGUUUGCAUCGGAAACGGGAAACGUCGGGCAGGAACGCGUCACAGCCGUCAACCAGAUGGUGGACGAGCUCAUCGACUACGGCCACGCCGAGGCGGCGACGAUAGCCGAGUGGAAGGACGGCGUGAACGAGGCCUGGGCCGACCUGCUGGAACUCAUGGAGACCCGAGCUCAGAUGCUGGCAGCGUCACACCAGCUGCACAAGUUCUUCUCUGACUGCAAAGAGGUUUUGGCUCAGAUCGAGGACAAACAUCGACGGCUACCAGAGGUUCGGGCUCGGCAGGGCAGCACCUCCAACACCAGCACCCUGCAGAGACUCCUGCACAGCUUUGAGCAGGACAUCCAGCUGCUGGUCACACAGGUGCGUCAGCUGCAGGAGAGCGCGGCCCAGCUGAGGACGGUGUACGCGGGCGAGAAGGCCGAAGCCAUCGCGUGUCGGGAGCACGAAGUCAUGCAGUGCUGGAAGGAGCUGCUGACUUCCUGCGAAGAGUGUCGACUGCAGAUCACAACCGAGACGGACAAGCUGAGCUUCUUCAGCAUGGUCCGGGAUCAGAUCAUGUGGAUGGAAUCGAUCAUCUGUCAGAUCGGCACAGGAGAGAAGCCCAGGGACGUGUCCUCGGUCGAGGUGCUGAUGAACUACCACCAGAGCCUGAAGAGUGAAGUGGACGCUCGCAGCCAGAGCACUCUGGAAUGUAUCGAGAUGGGAAAAAUGCUGCUGGCUGCUAGAAACCCUGCAGCUGAAGAGAUCAAGGAGAAACUGGAAAAGGUGAUUUCUAAGCAACAAGAGCUGUCUGAGAAGUGGGACAAGCACUGGGAAUUCCUACAGCACUUGUUGGAAGUGCAUCAGUUUGCUCAGGAGGCCAUGGUGGCGGAGGCCUGGCUGACGGCUCAGGAGCCGCUGAUCAACAGCAAAGAGCUGGGAGGGAGUGUGGACGAGGUGGAGCAGCUCAUCCGUCGACACGAAGCCUUCCGCAAAGCUGCCGCCACCUGGGAGGAGCGAUUCAGCUCACUGCGACGCCUCACCACGGUGGAAAAGCUGAAAGCCGAACAAAGCAAGCUGCCGCCAACCCCUCUCCUGGGCCGUAAAGUCUUCCUGGAACCCCAAGAUGCGUUAGCCGGUGCGACAAACCUCCCGCGCCUCCCCGUCUCCCCCGUCAUGAGACAAACCAUCUACGAGCAGAACGAAGCCAGCUCUCCUCCGUCGCCAUCGCCCGCCACCCCGACGCCCUCGCCGUCGUCUGUGGCUCGACGGCUGGGCUCCACCGUGGCCAACUACACCCCCGUGAUGAACGGUUCCUCCUACCACCACACCCUGGAGCCCCGGCACGGCGGCGUGGCGGCGGGUUUCGGACAGCCAGCCCCCUCGUCGAUCGCGUCCGUCGCCACUGCAGCCAUGUUGGUCUCAGCCAACCAGAUGAGAGAGAGCGCCGGCGCAGCGAGAGAGCAUGUCACGAAGGCGAUGAGCCACCUGCAGCCACCAGGCAGGGAGCCGGAGGCGAAAUCCUCCCCGUACCUUCGCCAGCCCAAAAUCAAACACCUGGACGACGCCGUGACGCCGCUGCUCGUGGCCAGCCGGCUGGAGAAAGUCAGGGGGCGGGAGCGGGACGCCAAGGUCGGGGAGGUGGGACCGGAGAGAGCGGAGGUGGCGGUGAUGGCCGAGGUGGUGCUGCAGGAGCCGGGUCGGGAGCGCCUGCACAGCGAGCCCACCAGGGGGCCGCGGGGGUCCAGGCCGGACGCCUUUGGCCGCGCCGAGCCUCAGGUUCAGACGCACACGUACCACCGGGACCACCGGAUAGAGCGGCAGCUGUCCAGCGAGCAGCUGAUCCAGGCUCGCAGGGACGAGCUGCCUCAGGAGGUGUGGAGGGAACAGGCGGAGAGGAGGGAGAGGCGCACGCUGGAGAGGCAGACGUCCAGCGAGCAGGAGGGCCAGGGGGGCCACGACGGGCGGAGGCGGGAGAGGGACAGGCACCGGACGGAGAGACAGGAGUCCAGUGAGAACGACAUCGGGAGAGAGCAGUCGGACCGACGCUCUGCAGGAGGAGAAAAGAGAUCCACCAUGGCAGAGAUUGUAGAGCAGCUGCAGGAGAGAGAAGCAGCACAGGCCCGCAGUGAGACGCCUCGCCUGCCCAACGGCCUACCGGAGAAGUCUUCCCGUCCCGACAGGCCCCGAGCCCGAGACAGACCCAAACCCCGCCGCCGGCCACGUCCCAAAGAGCCGGGAGAGACCACGAGGAGGUCCAGGUCCGCUCCGGCUCAGAGCAACCCGGCCGUCCCCCAGCCUCCGACACACACAGCACACCAUGAGGGCUUCCUGUUCCGCAAGCUGGACAUCGAGAUCAUGAAGAAGAGCACCAACAGCAGGUCAUGGGUCAACCUGUACUGCGUGCUGAACAAGGGGGAGCUCGGUUUCUACAAGGACGCCAAGAACACCUCGGCGCCGUACAACAACGAGCCGCUGCUCAGCCUCUCCCACUGCCACUGCGACGUCACCAACGGCUACAAGAAGAAGAAGAACGUCUUCACGCUCAAGACGAAGGAUGGCAGUGAGUUUCUGUUUCAUGCAAAAGAUGAGGACGACCUCAAGGUGUGGGUGAGCAACAUCACCACCAGUAUCUCAGAGCACGAGGAGAUUGCCAAAUGGGGCCAGCCCCAACCAACUACCUCAUCCACCGACGAGGGGACGCGGCGGGACGGCAGCAAGGUGGACAACCGGUCAGAGCGAGGCGGCGAGCGCUCGGACCGGGCGGACCGGAUAGAGCGUGCGGAGAAGGAGAAAGAGAGAGGGGAGCGGUCGGAGAAGUCGGAGCGGGCCGGAAAGUCGGACGCUAAGCGCUCUGAGAAAUCGGGUAAGAAGAAGUGAGCAUGGCGGCAGAUUGUUUGGGAUUAAAACGUGUGAACAAUGGCGGGGAGGCGGGGCCGCAGACAGGAAGUGACCGCCGCCCCCCUCCUCCCAACGACACCACCUUCACUCCAACACCGUCCACCAGGUGGCUGCGUUUGGACGGACGGACGAAGGAUGGAUGGCUCUGAUGUGGAGCAGGUGGGUUAUUUUGCUCCUCGCUGACUCCCCCUGGUGGCUGUUCUAGAGAACUGCAGGAGCUCUGGCAGCUUCAGAGACGAGCAUCUCUUCAACUCAAAGGCUGUUACUGACUGCGGGAAAAAAAAAACGUAGCUCAUUGUUCCACCUCUGUUUUUAUUUACAGAAACGAGCCGUGUCUGUUCGUUCUUCUCGUCCGUCUGUGUGUGUCUGUAAAAAAACAAAACAAAAAAAAAAAACACAAAAAACACCCCACGCUAUCUCAUAUUACUCCAGAUUUUAACCGUUUGCAUUUUGUUCAUGAGCAGCACCGUGAUUAUUAACAUGCAUCUUCUGAAUUCUGAAGGUUUUAGUCGGGAAAAGAGCUAAAUUUUAUGUAAAGAGGAGAGAAAUUUGUUCCUGCAUGAACCCAAAGGAUUACACUUUAUGUUCAAAUCUCUUUUUCUUGAAGAAUUUAUGCAGAAUUAUUUAUUUAUUUGCAGCUUUCAGUCUGAUUUAUAAAACUUCAGUUAUUGGAUCUGUGAACACUCUGAUUCCCAGAGGCCUCAUUCAUUAGACUAUUCUUUUUGUUUUUCAUUUAAUAAGCAAAUAAAACAGCAUAAAGUUACAGUAGUCAUAUUUUGAGGAACUGUAGAGGCUAUUUAUAUUUUUAUAUCUAAAGAAAUGACUUGAACUUUAUUGUAACCUGCUUCUCAUCACACUCACUUGUUGUUUUGUCACAGUUUUGGUGUUAAGCACAAAAAUCUGUUGUGUUUUUAACGAAUGAGGCCUCUGGGGCUGAAGGUCGGCCUCGUCUUCUUUGUUUUCUUCGCCUCUGUUGUUUUAUUUUUUAAUAGAACAUGUAAAAAAAAAAGAGGAAAAGCCACUUUAAGGUGUGCAUGUGUGUGCGUAUGCUGCUGCUCCCAGGGUCUCCAUAGCUCUCAGGUUACGUUGGUGUGUUCUUAGCGUGUCGUCCUCUCCUCAGUCUUCCAGAUUAAGCCCAAUCCACAUCCACACUUAUUUUAUUUUUAUUCAUCACAAAGACCCUAAGUCCCGAAAUCAUCUGAACGUGUCUGAACCAGAACCAGAACCUGAACCAUCAAACAGCCUAAACCCCAACCUGCAUGUCUCUGCUCGAAGAGGAACCAUCGAUUCUAAAGAAGUUUUGUUUUAUUUUCUGUAAAAACGUCACAAAGCCAUAAAAACCACACAAACAGGAAGUAGAUUCUAAUCAGCUGAUCGACGGUUUAAAGAUGAAAACAUUCGUUACGGUUUGGAUUUAUUUAUUUAUUUAUUUUUGUAUAAAGUCUGUGUUUUCUGU